UAGAUGUAAGGUGAUGUGACGUCACAGAUAAGACGUGUGUCACUUUCCGCUGUCAUUUCUACAAAUCAUGUUCAUGGAUUGCAUUUCAUACUUUUUAAAUUAAUUACGGAAGAUAAAUAGUUGUUAUAAUUGUUUUUAAGGCGUUGUUAUAAUAUAAGAACAUGGCUGAACCCAAUCCUCAAGCGGGAGACACCGGCCCACCAAAGGGCAUCCCAGCUCUUAAAGCACAUGUGAUCGCCAACAAAAUAGAUGUGGCCCUGUGGGGUAUCAGACUGCUCACUGUAUUAUGUACUUUCGGAUAUGUACUGCCGGUGUUCAACAAUUCCGUAUCAGCUUUCUACAAGGCGCUCCUCGCCAACGCGGCCACAUCAGCUCUGCGGCUGCACCAACGUAUCCCGGCGAGAGAGAUCUCUCUCUCCCGGGAGUUCGUCAACAGGUUCUUCCUUGAAGACAGCGCUCACUACCUUUUCUACUCGUUGAUAUUCAUGAACGUGGCGCCAAAUUUGUUGAUACUCACGCCGAUCUUCCUAUUCGCUCUGUUGCACGCGGCGUCCUACUCUCUCACGAUACUCGACACCCUGGGACAGAACUCGAUGUGGGUCGCUCGUCUCCUCAUCUCACUGGUGGAGUUCCAGUCCAGGAACAUCCUGAGAGUGGCCGCCCUCGCUGAGAUCGUGCUGUUCCCGCUGGUGGUCUUUAUGGCGCUAGUGGGGUACUGCGGCCUCAUGACGCCGUUCGUGUACUACUACUUCGUGACGUGGCGCUACACGUCCCGCCGCAACCCCUACACCCGCAACACGUUCCGCGAGCUGCGGGCGGCGGCGGAGCGCGCGGCCUCCAAGCCGGCCCUGCCCGGAGCCCUGCGCUCCGCCAUCCUCGCGGCCGUGCAGCUCGUGUGCCGCCUCGCGCCGCCCGCCGAGCCCCAGCCGCAGUGACACGGAACAGACCACACAAAACACAGAUUCGAGGUUCACAGCCACAGAUAAUAAAUAUUUAAUAUACACACAACAACCUGCUCGUCCGCGACACACGAAUACCCGGACCUUAUAUGACUCGCCUUGUGACCCGUCACACACAGGGGAAGAGGUGUCGCAUACACAGGGCGUCCCUAGUGUGGGGUGUACAGGGGGCUUAUGCAAAAAAUAAUUCAAUUGUAUUUCUACACUAGUGCUCGUGGACUGUGAUCGUUUGUUCGUCUUAUCUUUGAUAGGACUGUCCCAAGUUUCAAACCGCUCUGUAAUCAGUUCGUCUCACUCUCGGUCCAUCGUCCGCUAGCGUCCUGUGUCGCGAGUAUUUGCAAGUAUUGUUAACGGGAUAAAAUGGUAUUAUGUUAAGUUUAAUUUAAUUUGUGAAGCGAGCAACGUUGGUCCAAUUUAAGUUAGAUGAUAGUGGAAUAUAUUAUAUACACCGCCGCCGGCCGAUAAUGAUUUUACUGUACGUGUCUUAUAAAUGAAGUCGCCAGCCGUCCGCGGGUGCGCGGGCGCCGCGGGGUGGGGACACGGGGGACACGAGGCGGCGCAUGUUGUACGAGUCAUGAGUUACAUUUUUGUAAUUUGUAUUAAGUAUCAUUGCACGUGGUUUGGGAUGAAUGUAGCUUGGAUUUAUAAUAAAAUGUUGGAUACAAA